AUGGGGAUGAAGACAUACCGGAAACAGGCCCCCAUCGGAAGCCCGUACACUCCGCUGGCACAGGUGUUGGUGGCCGCCGCGAGGAAGUGGCGCGUGGACGCAACACAAGGCGAGUGCAGCAUGUGUCACGAGGAGGAGGAGGAAGAGGAGGAGGGGUCAGAUGUAGAGACUAAUGGGAACAAGCGUAGGAAGGCGAGAUUGGGUUGGACGACUCAGUUCAGGUUCUUGGAGAGAGGUGCUAUAAUUGAUGCUCCGUGCACGGCCACGUCACCCCAGGGUCGUAACCUAUGGCGCUUGUGCACUGUGAACCAAGUGGAAGAAGUGAAGUUGGUUCUCCGCCCUGUCGUAAACUAG